GAAGCGGGCAAUUUCAGUGUGAGACGGAGCGGCGAGACCGAGCGGCGGCUUCGAGCGCUGUGCGGCGGCUCCUCCCGCCCGGGGUCAGCGCCCCGGCGCGCGCACGCGCACCCCCGCCGCCCGAACGCGCUCCGCGCCACCCGCUCAGUCCGUCCGUCGACCGUCCGUCGUCCUGUCGCCGCGUCUCCGCCGCCGCGGGCGCCACCUGAGGGAGCUGCCGCCGCGGGACCCGAGCGGACUGGAUACGACCCUGCCACCCGAGGCCGCCCGGGGCCCAGCAGCCGCCCGCAGAGGCGCCGAGCAACUUCGGUUGGCCAGCACGUUGACGGAAGUUGCCUUUUGACAUAGCUCCCACCAUGGCCGGCUGGUAGGACCACCGUCCCAUGCCCAGAAGCCAGUUCAGAAUGACUGAAGAAGCAUGCCGAACACGGAGUCAGAAACGAGCGCUUGACCGGGACCCAGCAGAGGACGAUGUGGAGAGCAAGAAAAUAAAAAUGGAGAGAGGAGUGUUGGCUUCAGAGUUAAACGCUGACGGAGACAUGAGAGUGACGCCUGAGCCAGGAGCAGGCCCAGCCCAAGGGUUGCUGAGAGGCGCAGAGGCGAUGGCCAUGGGCAGAGGCGAAGGGCAGGUGGGCGAUGGGCCCGUGGACAUGCGAACCACGCACAGUGACAUGAAGUCCGAGAGGAGAGCCCCUUCGCCCGACGUGAUCGUACUCUCUGACAACGAGCAGCCUGCGAGCCCGAGGGUGAAUGGGCUGACCGAGGAUGCCUUGAAGGAGACCAGCACUGAGGCCCUUAUGAAAAGCAGUCCUGAAGAACGAGAAAGGAUGAUUAAGCAACUAAAAGAAGAGUUAAGAUUAGAAGAAGCAAAACUCGUUUUAUUGAAAAAGUUGCGGCAGAGUCAAAUACAAAAGGAAACUACCACCCAGAAGCCCGCAGGCUCCACUGGAAGCUCUGUGACCACCCCUCCCCCGCUUGUACGGGGCACCCAGAACAUUCCUUCCGGCAAGCCAUCACUUCAGACCUCUUCAACUCGGAUGCCUGGCAGUGUCAUCCCACCACCCCUGGUCCGUGGCGGGCAGCAGACGUCCUCGAAGUUAGGGCCACAGGCGAGCUCGCAGGUCGUCAUGCCCCCACUCGUCAGGGGGGCCCAGCAGAUCCACAACAUCAGACAACAUUCCAGCACGGGGCCACCACCGCUCCUCCUGGCUCCCCGGGCAUCUGUGCCCAGUGUGCAAAUUCAGGGACAGAGGAUCAUCCAGCAGGGCCUCAUCCGCGUCGCCAACGUCCCCAACACUAGUCUGCUCGUCAACAUCCCACAGCCCUCCCCAGCAUCGCUGAAAGGAACGACAGCCACUUCUGCUCAGGCCAACUCCACCCCCACCAGCGUGGCCUCCGUGGUCACCUCUGCUGAUUCUCCAGCCAGUCGGCAGGCAGCCGCCAAGCUUGCACUGCGCAAACAGCUGGAGAAGACGCUGCUUGAAAUCCCCCCACCCAAGCCCCCUGCCCCUGAGAUGAACUUCUUACCCAGCGCUGCCAACAACGAAUUCAUCUACCUGGUCGGCCUGGAGGAGGUGGUGCAGAACCUGCUGGAGACGCAAGCGGGCAGGAUGUCAGCCGCCGUUGUGCUGUCCCGGGAGCCCUACAUGUGUGCACAGUGCAAGACGGACUUCACGUGCCGCUGGCGGGAGGAGAAGGGCGGCGCCAUCAUGUGCGAGAACUGCAUGGCGUCCAACCAGAAGAAGGCACUCAAGGUGGAGCACACGAGCCGCCUGAAGGCCGCCUUCGUGAAGGCGCUACAGCAGGAGCAGGAGAUAGAGCAGCGCCUCCUACAGCAGGGCGCCGCCCCCGCGCAGGCCAAGGCGGAGCCUGCUGCCGCCCCACACCCUGCGCUGAAGCAGGUCAUAAAACCCCGGCGUAAGUUGGCGUUCCGCUCAGGAGAGGCCCGCGACUGGAGUAACGGGGCUGUGCUACAGGCCUCCAGCCAGCUGUCCCGGGGCUCGGCCACAACGCCCCGAGGCAUCCUGCACACGUUCAGCCAGUCACCCAAACUGCAGAAUGCAGCCUCGGCCACAGCCCUCGUUAGCAGGACCGGCAGACAUUCCGAGAGAGCCGUGAGCGCUGGCAAGGGCAAUGCCACCUCCAACUGGAAGAAGGCGCCCCUGAGUACAGGCGGGGCCCUUGCAUUUGUCAGCCCGAGCUUGGCGGUGCACAAGACCUCCUCAGCUGUGGACCGCCAGCGGGAGUACCUCCUGGACAUGAUCCCGCCACGCUCCAUCCCCCAGUCGGCCACGUGGAAAUAGUGCGAGCCGGGCCCAGUGGAGAACAGGCUCCUUCCUCCCUCCCACCUGGCCCCACCACCCUCCACCCGGGAAGACACCCUGCUCCCCGAGAGGGCGAGUAAGCGCCGGCCGCGCUGCGGAAGUGAGAGUUCCGAUCUUGGCUGCAAAGUCUCAUCGACGUGGGGGGACCACUUCACAGGUGGACCAGGAUUAUUACUGGGGACCUUUCCCAUGGGCUUUCUUCCUUUCUUUGCCUUUAGUUUGCCCAACACCAGCAGAAAAGCGGACCUUGGGGGCUGGUUCUGCUCCUUGCCCUCUCCUUCGGCCCCCCGAAGGGCACGUGGACGGCUCACCCUAGACACUGUGACACGCUCGGGCAAUGGCGCCCGGGGCUUCUGAAGUUGAGCGGAGCAUUCUGUUUUGUUUUUGCUUUUCCCUCUGUCUUAGCCUCCUAAUCUUUGACUGCCUUCCUUCAUGGCAAUCUCUAGGUUGACAGAUUUUUUUUAAUCACCUCACGAUGAUGGAGUUUAAUGUAAACCGUGCAGACCCAGGGUUCCCUGCCAAGCACGGCCCCCAUGCCCUGGAGGGUGGGCCUCUGACCACCCGGCCCUUGCUCCAGCAGAAAGCCUCUGCUGCUGCUCGUCCCGGAGACCCCCGACCUUCCACACUUAAGCAGAAGAACAAACUGCAACCCAGACCCAGCCAGAGAGCCCGGGAUCCUGGAAGCCGAGAACCGUCAACAGAGUAGGGAGGAGAGAAUCGGCAGCAACAUCCAGAGCCUGAGUGGGAAGUUGGGAGGGGCUGGCUGUUGUGGUUUUUGUUGUGGUGGUUUAUUUUAUUAAAUUCUUUCCUUUUCUUUUCAUACUUUGAUGGACAACAUCCGAAGCUCUGGCCUGUGCUUCUGUCAGGUGUGUCUGGGUGGGGAGGCGCCCCUGCACCCCCCCCAGACUUCAGGGUUUAUGUUUGGGUCUAGUUUAGAACCUUCCCUUAAAGCAGGGCCAUGCUGCCAGGGUUUGCCUUCAGACUUUUUUUUUUUUUUUUUUUAACCCACCUAGAGUAUACAGAAAUGUCUUACAAAGGAUCAGGUCUGCUUUUAGUUGUGUUGUGUUUUGGUUUCUCCCACUCCUUAAAAAUCGGUCCAUGAGGAAAGGCAGAAGCUGUUGUGUGUGUGCUGCACAUGGGCCAGCUCUGUGCAGGUGUGAGGGUGUCACGUGUACGCGCACACGCAUGUGUAGAUGGGGUAUGCUGCUCCUCACUUCAGCCCCAGCCCUGGUUUUCCUAUCCAUGCAGUUAGGGACUUAAUUUAAAAUCCUUAUUUUGUAGGGCCACCUUCUUCGAAUACACUGCUGCAACAUUCUAAUAAAGGCUCAUUUAACCGCCGCCGCCCCCCCCCCCCCAUGUUGUGUGACUAUCAGUGUUUAGAGGACAUUUUUGACAUGCCGUAGAACUAGUUUUCCAAAGUGUUCUAAUUUUUUGUUGUGUAAAACCCUAAAUUUCUCAUUGAUUUUUGUUUUGAGUACAUAAUGUAGAUGGGCUGAAGGAGGAGGGGAGGGCAGGAGAAGGGUGGCUUUCAUUCCAAGAUCCAGGGAUUUGGGGGAAAGGGGAAAUUGACCUUCAGGAGGGGUGGGGGAGCGGGGAAGGGUGUGUUUUUACACCAAAAAAUCAAGAGUAUGCAAGCAUUUCUAUUCCUCUCAUUUUACUGUGUGCCUGGCAAAUAAAUACCUGUCUUAUACUACUCUGAGCUGUUAGCUCUCUCUUUUCAAUGACAUGGGCCAAAUUUUCCAAAUCCUCCGAGAAGGAGUGCCCGCUGGCCUCCCCUGCAAACUGACCUCAGUCCUAUGCAGCAACUCGGGCGUCUGGGCCAAGGUCACCUCUGCACUGGGGAUGCACCACGGUUGUUGCACCCCCGUGGGGGUUGACUGGGUCUGUGACUCCAGGGCUCAAACUGAGCCACUUGCAUUGGCCCCGAACCCCGUCCCCAUCAGAACCUCACUCUCCACUAUGCUCAGGAACCACCUCUCCUCACCUCACCUGGCCAGACUUCUCCAGGCUGUUGAAUAGGCCUUGUGAGUUCAGUACAAACUGACCGCCACAGGCGGAGGACGGGAUGGCCGGGCCCUGACCCUGUCUCUGCCUCCUGCAGCUCAGCAUUUGCAGGAACAUUCCCAUAGUAGGACAUACUGUGACAUAAAUGUAGCUUUUUAAAAGGGGGUCAAGAAGGUGAGAUGCCUUAAUCUUUAUUCAUUUCUACUGUCUCAAAACUUCUAUCUCCCCCCUUUUUUCCUUUAAUUUCCCCUUUGCAGUGUAACUUCUAUAAGCCUCAAGUGCAUGGUUCUGUGAUGAAAUUUAUAAUGUUGCAAGAAAAGGCAUUAAAUACCUCUCUGAAUACGGGAAGGAUAGUAACAUUAAGGGUUAUUCUCCCAGCCCCAAAGCCCACCCCUCAAAAUUGGCUACAGUUCUGGGAGUUUGUAGGCUGGGAGGAUCUGAUUCCCAGGAGAACCAGAGAAUGUGGGAGCCCUCAGUCCCAAAUGACAAUUGUAACUGCCCGGGAAUCUGUGACAGGAACCCCCGAUGGCAACUGGAAACUAUUCAAAACAGCUGUUCUGUGGACUCGGGUGUGGGGUUCACCAAGCUCACUUCCCCAUCUGAAGUGGCUGCCUGUGUGGGCCCGAGUGCACGUGGAUGCUCGCACAGAUAACUGUGCGUCCACUUGGAGCUGCCCACGGCUCUGGCCAUCCUGACCAUGUCAUGGGGACUCCAGUCCUCAGUGUCCCAUGUGUACUGUUGGGACCCACAUCUUUGACAAGGUCAAGAGUGGCCUUUCC